AUUCAAUGAAUAAUAAAUAAAAUAAAAUAAAAUAAAAAAGUCCCACAAAUUCCCACACAUUCCUCUUCCAUUCCCACUUUCUUUCAAUAAUUAUAUAAUUUUAUUUUUUCAAAGGUCAUAAAGCUUACAAAUUAUUUGUGUAUUGUAUUAAUUAUAUUAAUUUUAUUUAUAUUUAUAUUUAUAUGCAUACAUUUAUAUGUAUUGCCAUGCCGGUCCGUUGAUUUCCUCGACGCAAUCAAAUAUCAAAUUCCUAAAACAAAAUCCAAUCUCACACUGAUUCCUGAAGCCGAUCUAUUCAGCAGGUGUAGAGGCAACAGCUUUUCGUCAUAAAAUAAAUAAAUAAAAGUCAAGGACUGUAGGGCUCCAUUUGCUACUCCUAAGACGCUAUAGAAGUUUUCGGAUGGCUGAGAAAUCAUGUGUCAAGCGCCUUCAGAAAGAAUAUAGAGCCCUGUGUAAAGAGCCAGUUUCUCAUGUUGUGGCCCGUCCUUCCCCAAAUGACAUUCUUGAGUGGCAUUAUGUGCUCGAGGGAAGUGAAGGAACUCCUUUUGCAGGUGGUUAUUACUAUGGGAAGAUCAAGUUUCCUCCAGAGUACCCGUACAAACCUCCCGGAAUCAGCAUGACUACUCCCAAUGGACGGUUCAUGACACAGAAGAAAAUAUGUUUAUCUAUGAGCGAUUUUCAUCCUGAAAGUUGGAAUCCAAUGUGGUCUGUAUCAAGCAUACUAACAGGGCUUCUUUCAUUCAUGAUGGACAACAGUCCUACCACUGGCAGCGUGAAUACUACUACUGCUGAGAAGCAACGUUUGGCAAAAGCAUCUCUUGCUUUCAAUUGCAAGAAUGCAACAUUCCGGAAAAUGUUUCCGGAGUAUGUGGAGAGGUAUAACCAGCAGCAGCAGCAGCUUUCAGCACAGAUAAUUCCAGAACAGGCACCACCAGAGCCAUCUCAGGUAGAAAAUAAGCCGUUGUUGGAAAACAUUGUCAAUCCUGCGGGAGACAAUGUGAGAGUAGAUGCACCAGGGGACAGGAGAAAAGACAGAAAGCAAUCUUUCCCAACCUGGAUGAUGUUACUGCUGGUUUCAAUCUUUGGCAUAGUAAUGGCACUGCCUUUACUACAACUUUAACAUCGAAGGUAAAAUAAUGCGGGCAUGCGUUGUUUGCAAGUUUAGGGACUUAAUCAAACGCUACCUAGGUUUGUGUUAUACCUAACAUGAUUUUGUAUAGUGGGUUGAUUCCCAGGAGGCUCGGUUGAAUCCCUUGACCAAUAUAUAUGUAUGUUUUUACUUUUUCCUUCUUCUAUGUCAAUGUUGGGUCGUUAGUCAAAUGUUCAAACAUGACAUGCCUGCAUUGCUAUCUUAAUCUAGUGGAAGUUUCUGUUAAGGUGUUUUUCUUAAGUGUGUACUUGGGAUACGUGGAUUUGAUGGAUUAGUUUUUGAGGUGAGUUGAGAACAACUAUCA